AAGCGGACAUGGCUUCCCCCUGGCCAAGAUGGCGGCCGUGUUGACGCAUGGACGGAGGCGGCGGAGGCGGCAUCUAUGUGUAUAUAUCUAUGGUAUAACCGGGUAUAACGCAAUACGUACGGCGUAGAGACGUCACGAGAGAUCGCCCUGUGCUGCCUGGCACUGUGUUUAAAGAGUCCCAGUUGGAAAUAAUCAGUAUUGAAAAUAGUUAUCACGUUAAUGCACAGUGUUCUAAGCGACACACAGUAGAGCCAAGGGAGAUGCCAAACAAUAGUAUGCCACUGCAGGAUAUACCAUGCCUGAGUCUUCAAGGCCCCAUGUUGUCUCUGCCCAAAAGAAUCAAACGCAAGUCCAGAGAUUGGCUCAGUGAGGGUUUGGACACUGAAUGCAAUGCUCCAACGGAGCUCAUCCAGCAGUGGUCACCAUGCCACCAGCACCAGCAGCUCCUCAGCAAGGACAAAGAGAACGAGGGCAAAUUUAUCCUUGCCAGGAGAUCAAGGAGAAGAAAACAAUCCAAGUUGGGCAUUUCAUGGAACCACCUACCAGAUGAACUACUCCUUGCGAUCUUCUUCUACCUCCCUCUGCAGGACCUCCUCAGAAUAUCUGUAGUCUCUAAGCGUUGGCAUCGUUUGGUAUUUGAUGAGUGUCUGUGGCACAGCGUGGAUCUGGAAGGGUUGACCCACAUGGGUCCCGCUCUACAGCAGGUGUUAAAGACUGGAGUUCGUAGGCUGCGCUGCCCCCGGGCCUUUGUGGAAGAACUGCACUUUACAGUCCCAGUCCCAUUGCAAAUAGUUCAGCUGGAUCUGUCCAGUUCCAUCAUCCCCACCUCAGCUCUGGAAUGCAUUAUUUGUCACUGCAGACAGCUGGAGUAUUUGAGCCUUGAAAGUCAACAGAUCUCAGACAAAAUCAUCAACUCUCUGGCUAUGAACACAAAUCUGCUGCAGCUCAACCUGAGUGGCUGCUCUCGCUUCUCUGCACCCGCUUUAGCUGACAUGCUCAAAUCCUGCUCCAGUAUAGAGCAGCUGAACAUAUCAUGGUGUGGCUUCAACAAUGAUCACGUGAAGAGUGUUGUUUAUAAUCUGAGUUCGCGUGUUACCCACCUCAACCUCAGCGGUUACAGAGAGAACCUCACACUAAAUGAUUUGAAAGUGCUGGUGGACAGAUGCCCCCAAAUUCAAACUCUAGAUUUGAGUGACAGCACUCUGCUGAUGGCUGACAGCUUCCACGUCUUCAAACAUCUCAAGUGUCUACUCCAUCUGUCUUUGAGUCGCUGCUAUAACAUACACCUUGCUGCUCUCAGGUCACCAAAUCUAUGGCUCGGGGAGCCCCAGGGAUCCGGGACCGCAUUUUGAGAACUGUUGCUGUACAGUAUGCAGGGACAGUAGUUGUAAGUAAAGUUGUUGUGUAAUCUCUGAUAUGAAUUUACUGCUGCUCCACUGGAGUUCAGAUCUGGAGAUAGGGAUGAGUUCAAGAGGAUACAGUGGCAACUCAAAGUCAAACUGAGGGAGUGUGAGGACACCUACAGGAGGAAACUGGAGGCCAAGCUCCAGCAGAACAACACUAGGGACGUAUGGAGGGGCAUGAAGCUGAUCACCGGCUGGAAAGCAGUAGGAAAGUGGCCUAGAUACAGCUAAUGAACUGAAUGUCUUUCAGAAGGGCACUGUGAGGAUAAUGUUCUAUGAUUUCUCCAGGACUUUUAACACCAUUCAGCUCUUUCUGAUGAGUGAGAAGUUGCUCAGGAUGGGUGUCAGCUCCUCCACUGACUCCUGGACUGCUGAUUACUUAUCUUGCCCCAGUAAGUGCGGCUGGGGGGCUCCCUGUCAGAUACCGUUGUCAGUAAUGUUGGCUCACCACAGGGGACUGUCUUAUCUCAUUUCCUUCUUACUCUUUACACCUCUGAUUUCCAAUACAGACCUGCCCCCUGCAGAAGUUCUCUUAUGACUCUGCAGUGGUAAGAUGUAUCAGAGAUGGACAGGAGAUGGAGUAUAGGACACUGAUCGCAGACUUUGUGGAGUGGUCCCAGCCAAACCACGUAGUCUUGAACGUGGACAAGACCAAGGAGAUGGUCAUUGACUUCAGGAGGAGGAGGAGGACACCAGUUGAGCCCUUCACCAUGGAAAUAGUGGGCUGCUACCAGCACCUGGGAGUCCACAUGAUCAAUAGGCUGGAAUGGAGGGACAACAGUGAUGCUGUGUACAAGAAGGGCCUGAGUCGGCUCUACUUUCUCAGGAAGCUCAGGUGAGGCUCUUGUGAGAUGUGUGCAGUGAAUUACUAGAGUCUUUCUACCAGUCUGUUCUUGUGAGUGCCAUGUUCUUUGCGGUGGUUUGUUGGGGGAGUAAUACCAGCAAAAAAGACAUCAGUAGGAUCAACAAAUUGAUCCAAAAGGCUGGACAUGUGAUCGGUAGAGAGUUGGAGUCUUUGUCUCAGUGAGAGACAGAUUGGUAAACUGCUCUACAUUAUGGAGAGGAUGCAUCUCAUCCAUUACACCAAACAUUAGGGGUCAGAGGAGCUCUUUCUCCAGCAGUUGAUUUCACUGCCAUAGUGAACGCUACAGAACUUCUUUUAUUCCAUAUUCUAUACUUGAUCAGUUUGGGAUCUAUUGAAUUUGGAGGCCAGGUCAACACCUUGUGCUGUUUGUCGUGUCUUUUGAGUUGUUUUAAGCAUUUUUGUGUGUGUGUCUGUGUCAGGCUGCAUCCUGCUGGGACUUUUAGUACCAAUAGGUAGAAAAGCGCUAUACAAAAGCAAGACCAAUUACCAAUAUUCCAACCUAAGAAUAUUUGUUAUUAUUAUAUCUAUAUGAUCUGGUAAUAUGACCUAGCCUGGCAUAGCAAGACUCUUGUCUUAUUGGAACGUGUUGUUUAAAUAAGUACACCAAAGCAUUUCCGUUUCAUGCCUCUUUGUCCAGUUCCAAAACACAUCCUAACAUACAGCAAUGACUGUGCUUCCACAAGGUACCUUGGCACACUGCAUAUUUCCAUAAGGGUUUGUAAACUAACCCCUUCCAGUACUGUAUUAUUGAGAAACCAUGUUUCCUCCCAAUUUGCAUGUCCACAUAAGGCACAGCUGCUGUUUAAUUAAAACUCCACGCCCUGUCUUGUGAGACGCCUGAAGACACAAUUCUCACCUAAAAACCCAGGGCAAAAUUAAAGCACAGUACACAUUUGGACUGUUGAGUGAAUCCAAUUCCUUUCUCUCAUUUUGCAACAUUUUGUUGAGUGGUGCAAACAGCUGGAAAAAAUAUAGGCCAUGUUCUGAAAGACUCUUUAUAAACUUUAACAACUGAUAAAUUGAUUUAAAUGCUCAAUACAAGCUAUUUUGAAAAGAUGUUAUUCUGGUGAUAUUCUUCUUUUCCAUGUACAGACCCAAAAUUAAAAAUGAAUGUAUCCUGCCUGUAUCAAAGCCUGAUGUAUCAUAUCCCUCUGUACUAUAGAGCUCCAUGAUAAAAUAUUAAAAUCACUGAAUGGUCCUUCAUUACUAUGAACACUCUAGUUUAUUAAACUCUGUCUCACAUACACUGCCCUGUUACCUAAAACAUUCACAAGAACCAGAAAAUAUGGAUCAACACAACACUGAACACUGUCUCCAAAAGACAAUUUGUGAGCAAUUACAUGAGUACUGUGAGCAAGUCUUAUUGGGAACUGUAUGUUAGGAUGACUCCUAGUAGAAAAAAUUACCUGAUUCCCAAAUAGACAUGUAUAGCAUCCAGGUUCUGUUUCAAUGGCUAGUCACCGCUUUGAUUGAAUUUUAAUUUAAAGUAGAUACAUAUUUACAACAAUCAAUGUUUUCUAUAAGAAUAACUAACUUUUUCAGCCAGAAUAGCAUGGCUGAUAUUCCCAUUUACCUUGUGAGGUGUGGUUUUGUAUUUGCAUGGACAGAUUUGUUACUAUGUGUGCUACAACUGCAGGUGUAUUAGAUGCAUGUGUUUGAAGAUCGUCUAAGAAUUUCCUCAUUGGCUACAAAGUCUGUAUGUCGUAGAUGGUUUUAUC